UCUAUGUUUCAAAUAUAGUUUGUUUGUUUUUUGGUCAUGGGCACGACGCCACUGGUUAUGCAUAUAAUAUUGCUUAUCACAAUAACUGAGAUGAACUGUAAUAUCCUGAAGCCGCCCUUAGGUGGGAGUGUUGCUCUUAAGCUAUCAGUAUGGGCAACAAAACGUUUACGUGAUCCGUUUGUGACAGCUUCAGUUAUCCAGUGAAGUCAUGAUUUAACCUAAUUAUUAUUUAUUUAUGUAUUUUUAUAUUAGGACGCAAGCACAAUACCAGCACCCACUGGGUGCCGUUUCACUAUAAGCUGGCCAGGUUGACUAUGCAAGAAAUGCACAGCCAGCGUUUUUGAUUUUGAGGUAGCCUAUCCGAACAUUAGGGGGGUCUGUGGGAUAGCCUCAGACCGAUCAGUCGGAUUCAUUUAGCCCAGGGCGUGUUUUGUUUCAAAGAAUCAUACAAGGUAACCCUACAAUAUUGAAGAGUUGGGUAGGGAUGGAGCCUGUGUUUGCUGCGGGAGUCGCUUUGCGCUUGCGAAGCGACAGGGACCGUAAUGACGGUCUAGGUCGGAAUGACAAAGCUCUUAAGUUCCUCGGACAGGACUUUGAGACUCUGAGAGCUCAGUGCCUUCAAAGCAAACGCCUGUUUGAGGAUGACUACUUCCCUGCAAAACACUCUUCACUUGGUUUCAAGGAGCUUGGACCGAGCUCAGCGAAAGCACAAGGGGUCCGCUGGCUGAGACCCACGGAGUUCUGCUCUGACCCACACUUUAUCGUAGAUGGCGCUACUCGCACAGACAUCUGCCAGGGAGCUCUGGGUGACUGCUGGUUGCUAGCAGCCAUUGCAUGCCUCACCCUGAAUGAGCCCUUGCUGCAUCGGGUGGUGCCCCACGGACAGAGCUUCCACAGUGACUAUGCAGGAAUAUUUCACUUCCAGAUGUGGCAGUUCGGGGAGUGGGUGGAUGUGGUGGUUGAUGACAGGCUGCCGGUGAGAGACGGAAAGCUGCUGUUCGUCCACUCAGCCGAGGGGGCAGAAUUCUGGAGCGCACUGCUGGAGAAAGCUUAUGCAAAGCUUAACGGCUGUUAUGAAGCCCUGUCUGGUGGCUCCACCUCUGAGGGCUUCGAGGACUUCACCGGCGGGGUGACGGAGAUGUUCGAGCUGAAGAAGGCGCCCUCCAACCUCUUCAGCAUCAUCCAGAAAGCGGUGGAGAGAGGCUCACUGCUCGGCUGCUCCAUCGACAUCACUGGCGUCUUUGAUAUGGAAGCGGUCACCUUUAAGAAGUUGGUGAAGGGCCAUGCCUACUCUGUCACAGGAGUGGAGGAGGUGGAGUUCAAGGGGAGCCCGACCAAACUGAUACGCAUCCGCAACCCCUGGGGAGAAGUUGAGUGGACAGGAGCCUGGAGUGACGACUCACGAGAGUGGAGUGGUCUUGAUCCAUCUGUCCGAUCCAGACUAUAUCACUGCAGUGAAGAUGGAGAAUUCUGGAUGUCCUUUAGCGACUUCAUGCGGGAGUUCAGUCGGCUGGAGAUCUGUAAUCUAACACCGGAUGCCCUCCAGGCGGGUCAGCUGAAGAAGUGGAGCACGGCGCUGUUCCCAGGAGAGUGGAGAAGAGGCAGCACAGCUGGAGGCUGUAGGAAUUAUCCAGCAACAUUCUGGAUCAAUCCUCAAUACAAAAUAGCCCUCUCGCAGCCAGAUACUGACAGCCAGGCAGGGUGUAGCUUUCUGGUAGCCCUGAUGCAGAGGGAUCGCCGUCGGUUACGUCAGGAGGGCAAGGACAUGGAGACCAUUGGAUUCGCGAUAUAUGAGGUUCCUGAUGAGUGUAAGGGUCAGGCGGGGAUGCACCUGAGGCGGGACUUCUUCCUGAGGCAAGCUUCCAAAGCUCGCUCCGAGCUCUUCGUCAACCUGCGUGAGGUCAGCUCCCGCUUCUGCCUCCCGGAGGGCGAGUACAUCAUCGUCCCGUCUACCUUUGAACCCCAGAAAGAGGGAAACUUUGUGCUGAGGGUGUUCUCUGAGAAACCUGCCGACUCCCAGGAGCUGGAUGAUGAACUGUCAGCAGACAUGCCUGAGGAGGAACAGCUUGAUGAGAGUCAGAUUGAUGAAGGCUUCAAAACCCUUUUCAAGCAGCUGGCUGGACAGGAAAGGGUGAUCACCGCAUCCAAGUUGCAAAUGAUCUUGAACAGGGUUGUAAGCAAACAUAAAGACCUGAAAACAGAUGGGUUUGGAAAGGAGGCUUGCCGCUGUAUGAUAGCCCUCAUGGACACUAAUGGCAGUGGACAACUGGGUCUGACGGACUUCCACGUGCUCUGGGAGAAAGUCAAAAGAUACCUUACUAUAUUCAGGAAGUUUGACUUGGACAAGUCUGGCACCAUGAGCUCCUAUGAGAUGCGUCUGGCAUUGGAGUCUGCAGGUUUCAAGUUGACUAAUCACCUCUUCCAGCUGAUAAUUCUGCGCUACGCCAAGCCAGACCUUAAUGUGGAUUUUGAUAACUUCGUCACCUGCCUCAUUCGGUUGGAGUCUAUGUUCAAGACCUUCAAAACAAUGGACACUGAUGCUGAUGGAGUGGUGUCCUUCAACUUCUCCCAGUGGAUCUCGCUCACCAUGUUUGCCUGAAUGGACACGUGCUGCUCUCUGAACUGGCUUAUACAACCACCUGAAUGUCCACUGACUGUUACCUUUAAGCUUGUCCAGGACAAAUCGACCCAAAGAUAGUCCAUUUAACGGAUUG